CGGGGCCGCACCGCACGGUCCCCGUCCGGAUCUCGAUCACCGUCCUAAUCUUGAUCCCCGUCCGAAUCUUGAUCCCCGUCCGAAUCCCGAUCCAGAUCCCGACCCCAGUCCUCGUCCCGGUCCCGAUCCAGUCUGGGUGUGCGGGCUGAGAGGCGGCGCUGGACAGCGAGCGCCGCCCGCCGGGCUGAAGAGCCGCUGCCGCCUCCCGGCUAAAGCUCCUGUUUAAACUCUGCAACUGGCGAACCAGCUGAAGGAAGUAACUGAGAUUUGUCAUCCCUCUGCCUGUGUGUACUGUGCAUGACCAAGAAAAGGGAACACGCCUAUCUCCAGGAAGAAGUUGAGCAAGAUCUGACAAGGUCAUAAUGGUUUCCAUACCUGAAUAUUACGAAGGAAAGAAUGUUCUUCUGACUGGAGCUACAGGCUUCAUGGGAAAAGUGCUUCUGGAAAAGCUGCUCAGAUCUUGUCCUAAAGUAAAAGCAGUGUAUGUGUUGGUAAGACCCAAAGCAGGGCAGACACCAGAAGCACGAAUAGAGGAAAUAACCAGCUGUAAGCUCUUUGACAGGUUGAGAGAGGAGCAGCCAGACUUCAAAGAAAAAAUAAUAGUGAUUACAAGUGAACUUACGCAGCCUGAACUGGACCUUAGUAAUGCAGUCAAGGAAAAACUUAUAGAAUGCAUUAAUAUUAUAUUUCAUUGUGCUGCUACAGUCAGAUUCAAUGAAACACUAAGAGAUGCCGUUCAGUUAAAUGUGCUUUCCACAAAACAGCUCCUUUCUUUGGCACAGCAGAUGACGAAUCUGGAAGUAUUCAUGCAUGUUUCUACUGCUUAUGCAUAUUGCAAUCGAAAACAUAUUGAGGAAAUUGUUUAUCCACCUCCUGUUGAUCCCAAGAAAUUGAUGGAUUCUCUUGAGUGGAUGGAUGAUAGCCUAGUGAAUGAUAUUACACCCAAACUUAUAGGUGACAGGCCUAAUACCUACACAUAUACAAAAGCCUUAGCUGAAUAUGUAGUACAGCAAGAAGGUGCAAGUUUAAACACUGCCAUUAUAAGGCCAUCUAUUGUUGGUGCUAGCUGGAAGGAGCCUUUUCCCGGAUGGAUUGAUAACUUCAAUGGACCUAGUGGUCUCUUCAUUGCUGCAGGAAAAGGAAUUCUGCGAACAAUGAGAGCUUCCAACGGUGCAGUAGCAGAUCUCGUACCAGUAGAUGUUGUUGUCAACAUGACUCUGGCUGCAGCUUGGUAUUCUGGAGUUAAUAGACCAAGAAAUAUCAUGGUAUAUAACUGUACAACAGGUGGCACCAACCCUUUCCACUGGAGUGAAGUUGAAUACCAUGUAAUUUCUACUUUCAAGAGGAAUCCUCUCGAACAGGCCUUCAGACGGCCCAAUGUAAAUCUAACUUCCAAUCACCUUUUAUAUCAUUACUGGAUUGCUGUAAGCCAUAAGGCCCCAGCAUUCCUGUAUGAUAUCUACCUCAGGAUUACUGGAAGAAGUCCAAGGAUGAUGAAAACAAUAACACGUCUGCAUAAGGCUAUGGUAUUCUUAGAAUACUUUACAAGCAAUUCUUGGAUCUGGAAUACUGAAAAUAUGACUAUGCUGAUGAAUCAACUAAGCCCUGAAGACAAAAAGACUUUUAAUUUUGAUGUUCGACAACUACAUUGGGCAGAAUACAUGGAAAACUACUGUAUGGGAACGAAGAAAUAUGUGCUGAAUGAAGAAAUGUCUGGCCUCCCUGCUGCUAGGAAACAUUUAAAUAAGUUAAGGAAUAUACGCUAUGGAUUCAAUACAAUUCUUGUGAUCCUGAUUUGGCGCAUCUUUAUUGCAAGAUCACAAAUGGCAAGAAACAUCUGGUACUUUGUGGUUAGUCUGUGCUACAAGUUCCUCUCCUACUUCAGAGCCUCCAGUACUAUGAGAUACUGAAGAACAAGAAUUUAGCAGUAGGGCAUCUAUGCAUAUAGCGGUCUAACUACACAAAAUCUGUUACGUGUAUUCAUCUCACAUUUUGUAAAAGCAUAGUUUUAUUUUAAAUUGGAGUGCAAAAUACAUAGUACGGUAUAUGUAAAGUUAGUUAUAUAUCUUCCUGAAAACAGAGAAAAUAAAAUGGUCAAGUGCCAGGCUGAACUGACCUUAGGCAAGUAUUCUACUUUUUAACCCGGGCAGAACAUUUUAGACCACCGACCAACAUAACUGUGCAGUUUGGGACACUUUUGAUUUAAAUCUGCCUUAACAUAAUUUUAUUUUUAUUCCACAUUGAGAGAAGUAAAUAUUGAUUUAAGAUUUGCUAGUUAUUGUAGACCUAUUUAUUUGAAAUCCUGCUAAAUUGCAAAGGGAUUUACAGUUGCUGAAGUGUAUAAAUGCUGGUGGAUAUCCUGGAAAAACUAUUGUCUUUUUGCCACUUCUUCCCUUCUCAAAGAGAACUGUUACUGAAAGGCCUUGUGUGCGAUCUCGUUUUUUGGAGUGAUUCAGUUUUUUGCUCAAAAUUGGCCCCAUCUUACUUGACUUUGUCAGCAUGACCAGUUUGCUUUUCUGAAAGCUGAAUCGAUCCUAUCAUUGAAUAGAUAAAAGGAAUGUAGCCAUGAGGGGGGAAAAAGUGAUCAUUGACCGUCCUUUUUUUUUGUUGUUGUUGGUAACACAGAGCCAGCACUUGAUUGUUACAGUUUUGACUCAAAAGGGUAAAUGUAUUUGAAAAGAGUUUAUUAUGCUUGAUAGUUAUUUAUAGUACUGGUAACUGUAGUUGGACAAACUCUAGGUUUUUGUUGAGAUAUACGUGUUUGUAGAUCUUUGCAUAGUCUUACUGAAUGCUUCAUGAAUGAAAAACUCUUGCAAUCUGUAAGCUAUGAAGUUCCAUGCAUGGAUAACACCGUUGCCUAAGCACACUUUCUCGUUUCUGCCCCAAUAAAGACCUUUGUUUUGCUGGGCAAGCAAAGCAAGAUGCAUCGUGCUUCAGAAUGGAAGUAUCUUAACUGAUCUCCUAUGAUAUAGUUUGAAUUAUUAGGUUUAAAUACAAGAAAGUGUUUUUCUGCAUUUAAUUCAUUCUGGUAGGUAAAACUCAUCAAAUAUAAACUCAUCAAAAUAGCAAGUUGUAAGAAAAGUCUCAAUUCCUGUUUAAGGCAAUAAGUAAAGAUCCCUUGAAAUUUUGCUCACCUAGAGCUUUAUUUAAGAACAAUGCAGCUCUCCACUUACUGAUGCACUGACCAGCACCCUUGCCCAGUGCUUUUUCAUUAAAAUCAGUUUAUACCAUAUGUUAAUAUGUUCUUGAAUCUGCUUGAAGAAAAGAAAUAAUGACUUAAUUACACAAGAGCUAAAUUAUACUUGCCCUUGGUAGUUGUCCUAUUUGAAUUAAGUAUGUAAAGAAGUUAUUUUGCUAUUCUUGUGGAAACUCCUUACUUUAAGGAGAGCACCUUUCAUGCAGGUGUAUAUCUCAUUUUGAAAAGAAAAUGGCUUCCUUGUUGAAGCUAAGUAUUCUGUAGUAAGUAGUUAGGCUGUAAUUCCUUUUUAAAAUGAUCUCUAUGUGUAUAUAAAUAUAUGUAUAAUGCUAGUGAUGGAAAGCCUAAAUGGUCUAGGACCACACCUUGUGUGAGAGACCUCUUACUGUGGCUGAAAAUAAAUUAUGGCUUCUGUGACUGAAGAUGUUACACUUCAACAAAUGCAUUAGGUGUAUUACAUUUUUAGUUACCUCUCCAAGCAUCUUACUAGACCUGAAAGUAUGCUUAAGCAUUCCUGCACUGUAGACUUUUUUCAGAGGUGCCUACAAUCCAAUGAUGUCUUCAUCUCAUGUUGGCAUGUGACUGAAGUUUGCAAAAAGACAAGUACAUCAUAUUCCAAAAAUAAUUUCUGUGCAACAAUUCACUUAAAAAAUUGUUCCUUAUAGUCAUUACUACAUGUGAUACUUUUCACAUUGAUUUGUUAAUAAUGCAAACUGUGAAGCCAAUGAAUUGAUUAUUUCUGGUCCAUAACUGCUUAGGAGUCUGUUCUGUUGAAUAUAUAACUGGAGAAAAGGAUACUUCACCUCUACUCUUUAAACAUUUAACAGUUUAGAAACUCAGCUUUUUUUCCUCUUUGGAGUCCAUGGUUAUCUGUUGACUAUUGGUAUCUUAAACUCAUCAGUCAUCCUAUUUAAUUGAUGAUAGAUUUAGUGUCACAUAUAUUACGUUACUUACGUUGCUUCCUGUGGUCAGUCUGUGAAAUUCUAUCUGAACGUACUGUUUUCUUUCCAUAUCAGGACCCUGUUCUAUUGCAGUUCUUCAGUGUUUGCACGUAAUAAAUGUUGGUCAGAAAUAGACUGGAACUUUGUUUUGAUACAGGAAGCUGGAUUCACUGUACUGAAUAGCAAAUGACAGGAGGUAUUCCAAUUGGUUAAAUAGGAAGAGCAAUUGAAACAACGUGAUCACUUAAGUUACAGGUAUUUAAAUUUGGGACCAGGAAAAAUUAUAUUUUCCUGUUAUGUUUUUCUGCUGUAGGAACAGAUGUUCAGAAACAAAUGCUAAAUCUGUGAGCUUUUAUAAGACAAACAGAAAUAUUGGGUGCCUUUGUUUGUAAACCAAAAAAUAAACAAAUCGCUUAAAAGUG